AGAAAUGGCUGAAAGGAUUGGACGUGUUUUCGUUUACGGAGGAAAAGGCGCUCUUGGCGCGGCUUGUGUUCAACAUUUUAAAGCUCAAAAAUGGUGGGUUGGAUCAAUUGACCUGAAAGAAAAUGAACAAGCUGAUGCCAACAUUCUUGUGAAACCUGAAGAAUCUUGGAUUGAGCAGGAAGUGUAUGUUAUCAAACAGAUUGGUUCUCUCUUAAAUGGUGAGAAAAUUGAUGCUGUAAUUUGUGUUGCUGGAGGAUGGGCUGGUGGAAAUGCAGCCUCGCCAGAGUUUAUAAAGAAUGCGGAUUUGAUGUGGCGGCAAAGUGUGUGGAGUUCUACAAUUGCAGCAUCUGUAGCUGCUAAAUACUUGAAAGAAGGUGGUAUGAUAACUCUGCCUGGAGCUAAGCCAGCUUUAGGCGCAACCGCAGGGAUGAUUGGAUAUGGAAUGGCUAAAGCUGCUGUUCAUCAACUGACAAAAUCAUUAGCUGCUGAAAACAGUGGACUUCCUGCAAAUUCUUUGGCAGUUGCAAUACUUCCAGUUACCCUUGAUACUCCAAUGAAUCGGAAGUGGAUGCCCAAAGCUGAUUUCUCAACAUGGACUCCCUUAGAAUUUGUUGCAGGGAUGUUCUAUCGCUGGGCAUGUGGUGAAGAAAGGCCAGAAAAUGGAAGCCUCAUUCAGCUUGUCACCAAGAAUUUCAAAACUGAUUUACAGACUGUCUGAAUGAUAAUUACACAUUUACAAAUGGGUCCAACAUAAGAAGAAUCUCAGAUACAAUUUUCUGUCUUAGGGUUUAUUGCUUCAAACAUGCUUGGUAUUUACUUUUGAUAGUUGCUGUAUUCGUUUGAAAAGUGUUUUUAAAUAAAACUUCAAUCCUGUUCUAUGUAUCCCAUCAGGUGGCAAUACAAUUGUAAAAUCACAGUAGGGAUGGUGAAUAAGUUCGAGUAGAUGCUGUUGUGGAAAAAAGUUUUGUGCUUAGCUUCUUGUUAUGCUGUUCAAUUACUAUUUGUUGUGUGUAUCACCCUUAUAAACUGAAGUAAAAUUGUAGGAAAGAAAUUAAAAUUCCAACUAUGUUGAAGAUAAAUUACAUUAGUACUGGUGCUUUAGUCUUGCAGUGUCUCAUUUAAAAGUCACCACCUGAACUGUGGGUGAAGAUAUUUCUGCUUAAUAGUAACUUGUGAAAUAUGAUAAAUUUGUCACAGCAGAUUCCAGUUGAGAAAAAUAAAUUAAUUAAAAACAAGAGAUUUCUGUGAUAUUGCCUACUGUAUUUGAAAUAUUUAUUAGCUGUAAAAUUGAUUUCACUUCAAUCGAGAAGCAAAGGAAAAUAAGUUUUUUUUUUUAACUUG